CAGUUGCGAACAUUAUGUUUCAGUAUAGCAACGGCGGUCGGAACAGGCCGUACAAGCGAACGAUAGCGAUAUUUUGACCGAUUGGGUUGGUUUGCCAGAGAAAGUGGAAUAACAAGUUCCCAAAUCAAGUAUGGAAGCUUUUUCAUCCGUGCUGAUAUUUUGUGCAUUCUUCAUAUCCGGUUUGCUGUCCUUAGAUGUCACAGGGCCAUGCCGGGAGUUACCGGUUGUGGAGAACUUCAACUUGACACAGUAUAUGGGAAGCUGGUAUGAGAUAAAACGGUAUGAAAAUAUCAACCAACCAAAUGCCGAAUGUGUUACAGCUCAGUAUACAUUGAACAUGACAUCGUCGGAAGUGACGGUAGAAAACACCAUGAAGCAACUGCCAAACCGGAACCCACUGGUUGCUCGUGGUCGAGCCAUAACCAGCCCUUCCGCCAAUGGUAGGGCCAUGCUGAAUGUUCGCUUCGACAAUACUCCGCCGAAUAUAGAAGACUCAGACUAUUGGGUGCUUGGAACCGAUUACACGAAUUAUGCUCUUGUUUGGUCUUGCAGGGGAAACAACAGUCAUUCUGUGGAAUCAGCCUGGGUUUUGUCACGCACACCAGUGCUGGAUAACAUGUCGCACGUUUAUGUGAACAUUCUGAUUGGAACGCAUUUAAAACCGGAUUCGUUCAGAAUGACGGAGCAACGGAAUGAAUAUUGCAAUAGUGCGAUGACACCCACCAUUAAGUUCUUACUCACGGUUUUAUCUUUAGUACUUGUUUCUGUUUCAAUGUAAACCGGACAAUGAAUAAAGUAUUUCCAAAAUAUACAA